CCGGAAGUCUCGGCGUGAUGGCGGAGGUGGAGGCGGCGGGGACCGGGACCGAGACUGUAGGCAGCUCCGAGUCUGGGAACGCAACGGGGAGCGGGAGCGGGUGGCGGCGGCCCCACGGUCCGCUCCAGCGGUAUUAUGGACCGUCUGCGGCCGAAGCGGCAGAGGCAGCCCCGGACCCUGCUGACAUCAACGGGCCCCACUUCGACCCGGAAGUUUUUCUCACCAAGGUGCGCAGUGAAUGUCGCCUGGGGGAGUUGUUGUCCCGUGAAGCUACGCUGGGGCGGGAGAUCCGUGCUCUCGACAGUGACAUGCAAACGCUGCUCUACGAGAACUACAACAAGUUCAUUUCUGCCACAGAUACUAUCCGAAAGAUGAAGGUUGACUUCCGGCGCAUGGAGGCAGAGAUGGAUGACUUGGCCUCCAACAUGGCAGCUAUCAGCGCCUCCAGUGCUCGUGUCAGUGCUGCGCUGCAGGACCGGCACCGCCGCGGUGCUCAGCUGGCUGGGGUGCAGGCACUGCUGCGGAAGCUGCAAUCCCUUGUGGAGGUGCCAGGGCGGCUGCGGCGGUGGGCAGCACCAGGAGCUGAUCCUGCACGGGCCCUGCACUGCUACGCCCGUGCCCGUGCUGUGCUGCGCCACUACCGUCACCUGCCCUCCUUCCGUGCCAUCGAGGAUGAGAGCCACUCCAUCAUGGCUGAGCUGGCCCAGCGCCUCCGUGCACGCCUCCGGGAUGACACCUUGGACCCGAAGGAACUCACUGAGUGUGUGGAGAUGCUGCUGCAGCUGGAGGAACCACCCGAGGAGCUGUGCGAGGAGUUCCUGAGCCAGGCUGGUGCCCGCCUUGAGGCUGAGCUGGCGGCGCUGGAGGCUGAGCUGCCCCCAUCUGACCCCUCUGGCACUGCUUCCACACCACCUCCUGCCUCCGACAUCCUUGACUUUGUUGACCGCGGCAGCUCAGCCUUUGUGAGCAACCUGUGCCUCCUUGCGGCCUCGUACCGCAGCCUCUUUGAGGGGCGCCCCGGGGCCGGGGAUGGCCGCCUGGAGGCCUUUGCCUCCACCCUCACCACCCGCUACUUCGAGCUCCUGGAGCGACGCCUGGCCCUGGAGCGAGGUCUGGGCGACACGUCACUGUUGGUGCGGGCGCUCGACCGUUUCCAUCGCCGCCUCCGUGCUCUCCUUGAGCUGCUGCCCGCAGCCGGGGCCGAAGCAGGUGCUGCACUGGUGGCCCGAGCAGCGCGUGAACGGGUGGCCCGCUACCUGCGGGCACUGCAGACCUUCUUUCUGGGUUGCCUGGGUGAUGUGCGCCAGGCGCUGGCUGCACCCCGACCUCCUGGCAAGGAUGGUCCUGGACUGCCUGACCUCUUGGCCACACUCUCUUCCUCUGUUCUUGGUCAGCUCAAGGCUGUCCUGGCCUACGUGCAGCUCUUCACUGCCAGGGAUGUUGCCUUUGCCAGCCUGCCCUACUUCAAGGGGGAAUUCUGUGUCGAGGCGGUGCGUGAAGGGCUGGUUGUAGCCUUUGUGCGCUGGCUCUGCCGUACUGCUCGGGGCUUUGCUGACAGCCCAGCUGAGCGAGGUGCCCCUGCAGCACCCCCAGCACUGCUGCUGCUCCUUGCUCGUCUCUGCCUUGACUACGAAGCCACCACCAUCAGCUACAUCCUCACUCUUACUGAUGAGCAGUUCCCUCCAGAGGACACGGGGCCAGCGGUGACGCCAGGGCCAGCGCUGUGUGCCGAGGCACGGGGAGCGGCGCAGCGGCUGCUCGACCACUAUGUACAGGUCCAGGGUGCUGCGGUGGCACAGAUGCUGCGGAAGAGCGUGGAGACACGGGACUGGUUGGGCACCGUCGAGCCUCGCAAUGUCCGUGCUGUCAUGAAGCGUGUGGUUGAGGACAUCACUGCCAUCGACGUCCAGGUGGGGCAGCUCCUUGAGGAGGGAGUGCGGCGGGCGCAGAGCAGUGACUCGAGCCGACGUGCCUUCUCUGUGUACAGCAGCUCACGGGCACCGGGACGCUAUGCCCCCAGCUACACUCCCAGUGCCCCCAUGGACACCCACCUGCUCAGCAACAUCCAGAAGCUCUUCUCCGAACGCAUUGACAUCUUCAGUCCUGUUGAGUUCAACAAGGUGUCAGUGCUGACAGGGAUCAUCAAGAUCAGCCUGAAGACACUGCUGGAGUGCGUGCGGCUGCGAACUCUGGGGCGCUUUGGGCUGCAGCAGGUGCAGGUGGACGGCCACUACCUACAGCUCUACCUCUGGCGCUUUGCUGCUGACGAGCGUGUGGUGCAGGGGCUGCUGGAUGAGGUGGCUGCCAGUGCUGCCCACCGCUGCCUUGACCCUGUCCCUAUGGAGCACAGUGUCGUCGAGCUCAUCUGUGAGCGUGGGUAGGACCUGAGAGCAGCUGGGGGACACUUGGGGACAUGGGUUGAUGCGCAGGUGAGGGGGCACAGGAGCCAUCUCUGUGACCUCGUGUAUUUAAGGACAUCCCAUGUGUUCCCACAUAUGCAAUGACAUAUACAGACAUAUCACGCCCUCACACCUGUAAGGUCAUCCCAUGUGCCCCCCCAGCCCCAAUAACACCCCACAGUCUCUCCCCAUCCCAGUGAUGCCACCUCCAUGUUCCCCCCCAGCCCCAGUGACAUGCCACUUCAUUCCACUUCUUUGGUGACAUCCCCCUACACGUGGGACAUGCUGCAUGCAGCCCGUGUGUCACAGUUGAGGACAAUAAAUAAAAUGCAUGCAAGUUAA